AUGUAUAAUGUUAAUUGGCGUGUGGUCAGUAGGCAAGCUUGUAGGGUAUGCAUCGAAGGCGAGGGCUGCCGCUUCAACCACGGCGUGGCGCGGAUCAAGCGGCACGAGCAGCUGGCGCAGUUCGGGCUGGACGCCGCCUGGGACAUCGAGGACCUGGUGCGCCUCGGCAAGAAGAUCAAGGCGUGUCCCUACUUCGCGGCGCGCUCGCUCGUCGACACGGCGGAAAUCGUCUUCUGCCCCUACAACUACCUGGUGGAUCCGCUCAUCAGGGAGGCGAUGAGCAUCAACCUGACGGAGCAGGUGAUCAUCCUGGACGAGGCGCACAACAUCGAGGACAGCGCCAGGGAAGCGGCGUCGUGCACCCUGACGCAGGACGCCAUCCUGGAGGCGAGGGACGACCUGGAGAAGCUCGUGGCCCUCAAAGUCAACGAGGAGGAGUGCUCCAAGCUGGCCAGCAUGCUGAGUGCAUUAAGUGGCUGGGUGGAUCAAAACUCCGACAAGUUGACCGACUACACAGAGUUUGACAGAUCCGGAAAGAUCUUCACAGGCACACAGAUGAUAGCCAGCUUAGAUAUGCUUGGUAUUGGGAACGACAAGAUUGGUGACCUGAAGCACUGCUUCAGAGUAGUGACAGACGACCAAGAUCCGGACGACUUGAACCCUCGCAUCAGCUCUAACACGAACAUGCUCCUGAAGAGUCUCUUCCUUAUGUACGAGUUUUUGUUCAUGGACGACAUGAAGUACAGGGACGACUACCGCAUUGCCAUUGUCAAGGCUCAGACCAGGAAAAGGGGUCCUAAUGCAUCAGGAUGGCUAGGCAAGAGAGCCACAAUCAGCUGGGCUUUCUCCAUCAACUUCUGGUGCCUUAACCCUGGUGUGGCAUUCAGUUCAGUCGGUGCCAAGGUCCGCAGCAUCAUCCUGACCUCCGGCACCCUGUCUCCGAUGAGUUCAUUUCAGUCUGAAUUGGGGGUCCCUUUCAAGAUUCAGCUGGAGGCUAAUCACGUCAUUGACAAAAAUCAGGUAUGGGUUGGCACUGUUGGAAAGGGGCCAACUGACCAAAUGCUCCAGGCAACAUACCGGCACACGGAGACCUGGGGAUUCCAAGACGAAUUAGGGAAGCUGGUGCUGGACGUGUGUCGCGCUGUACCCCGAGGCGUCUUGUGCUUUUUGCCCUCCUAUUCCCUGCUGAACAAACUCCUUGAUAGAUGGCAGAUGACAGGGCUCUGGGAGGAACUGAACAAGGUGAAGAUCAGCAUGUGUGAGCCUCGCAGUGGGGAGGAGUUUGAAGAGACAAUGAAACUCUUCUAUGACACCAUAAGGAGAACUGGGGAAGAGUCCGAGGGUGAAAUGAAUGGCGCAUUUUUCAUGGCAGUUUGUCGAGGAAAAGUCAGCGAGGGCCUGGACUUUACUGAUGAUAAUGCACGUGCUGUUAUAGCUGUUGGAAUCCCCUUUCCAAACGUGAAGGACAUCCAGGUUGAUUUGAAGCGACAGUACAACAACACCCACUGUCGCACUCGAGGUCUUCUCUCUGGUGGGGAUUGGUAUGAAAUCCAGGCCUAUAGGGCAGUAAAUCAGGCUCUUGGUCGGUGCUUGCGUCACCGCUAUGACUGGGGCGCCCUGAUUCUUGUUGACGAAAGGUACCAGAGAGGCAGUCUGAGCAGCGGAGUCCAGCAGAACAAGUAUACGAAGGGCCUCUCCAAGUGGGUGCGCAAUAAGAUCGUGCACCAUCCUUCUUAUGCCAUGGCACUCUCCAGUCUCAAUAAUUUUGCAAGAAAUAUGACUGCCAAUCCACCAAAGAAACCAGAAAGCAUGAAUGAAACUCAAACAGCAAAAGCAGAGGAAAAUACAGUAGAGAAGGAUGCAGUGUGUGGAAAUUCAAGUAAAUUUCAGACUGCCAAGACUCUGCUUGACUUAGAAAGCAGUUCAUCAACAACAGCAGCAGCUUUGUCCUUACUUGUAGAUGGUUUAGGCUCAACCCAAAAUACCACAGCUGCUCAUGACACUAGUGAUAGAAAUGAAACGGGCAUUAUACUACCAUCCCAGUUUAGCUCAACAAUCGUUGGAGGUUGCAACGAAGUGGAUCUUGAUGAUGACUUCUGCUCCUCACCAGGCAGCUUAGUCAUUCCCCCUAGUAGGCUCCUUUUCACCUCAACUCAGGUAUCGGACCCAAAGACCUCAAAUGCUUCCUCAUCAGAGUCCUCCAACAAGGACUGUGCUAGUGCGUUAACCUUGGAUACAUCACCUAAGGAGACUCCAGCUGGAAAGGCCUCGCAGAUGCCACUUUCCCCAGAUGAUGCUGUCGAUAACCCUCCCAAAAGAAGGAAGUCAUUCUUCUUGCCAAGUUCAGAAGCAAGUAGCAGCCAUACCCAGAAAGAUGGAGGACCAAAGGUGGACCAUUCCUCGGCAGCAGACCGGGAAGUGUACGAGUUUCAGUAUAUUGAUCCGAAGAGCAAAGUUCACAUAUCACCCCUAAAGGAGCUGCUGGAGACCGAGAUCAGAUCAAGGGCAAAUUCAUCCCCUGUGCAGUCUGACACCAGAGAAGCGGAACCACAGUCGAAGAAGAACCUUGGGCAGGAAUUCAUCAGUGGAGAGGGCAAGGUGGGGACGUCGUCAUCCUCCCACGAGAGAAGUUCUUCUCCGCAGAUGUUUGAUUCGGAUGAAGACCUUUUUGCCGAUGCUACACCAAAGAAAAACAAGCAGAAUGCCGAAAAAGAUGAAAAGUCCAAUGUCUCUGGCCUGAAUAAGUCCUCAAAUGUUCGAUUAGCUCCAAUUUUUAGCGGUUAUUCAAAAUAUCAGAAGAAAAAGAUAACACCACCAAAAGAGAAGGGAGCAAAAUCAACAGAAGCGUCUCAGAAAUCGGAAGGAAAAUCAGUGAAAGCGUCAAAGAGCUGUGAA